AUGGGAACUGGAAUGAGUAAGAUUAUAAGUGGAGUUUACAUCGGAAAUAUUAAAGAUUCUAAAGAUAUAAAAACACUGACAGAAAACCAGAUUAGUCAUAUUUUGGCUGUUCAUGACAAUGCCAAGGAAUUAAUAGAGGAUAAGAUUUAUCUCUGCAUUAUUGUAAGUGAUAGUCCACAACAAUCACUCAUACCCCACUUUGAAGAAAGCAUAGAUUUUAUUCACAAGGCACGAAAUGAAAAUGGAAGAGUUCUUAUACAUUGUCUUGCUGGUAUAUCAAGAAGCGUAACUUUUACUGCUGCUUACAUCAUGACAGUAACCAAUUUUGGAUGGCGUGAGUCCUUAAAUGCUAUCAGAGGUGGUCGACAAUGUGCUAACCCAAAUUUUGGUUUCCAGAGGCAACUUCAAGAAUAUGAACAAACAGGAUUGGCAGAAGCCAGACUUAAACUUAAGGAGAAAUACCCCAACCAUGACUAUGAGAAAGAUGAACAGGAAUGUCAGCAGCUAUUAAAAGCUUAUCAUCAUUAUUUAUUUCAUGGCGACCAAUGUGAUGGUAAGAAUUGCAGUGAUCAUGACUUCAUGGUACCACAGAAAAAUACUAUUUCCAAAAAUGAAAGUGAUUCAGUUGAAAGUGAUUCAACAGACAUUCAAUAA